CUUGUUUUACGCUGAGACCCCGCUGCUUCCGCCACAGCCACGGCUCCCGCCACCACCACAGCUGCCGCCGCCGCUGCCGUGGUCGUCCCUGCCCGUCCUAGCCUCGGGGUGCUCCCCGCACGCCACAGGCCCAUUGGUGACCCUGACCCCUGCCCUCCCCACUCCCCAUGCAUCAGGCUUCUGCUGGUGUCCCUGGAGCAUGGGAAGCUGCUGAGCUUGACCGGUGGUGUCUGGCAGGAGCUGCGUGUCUCACCCUGUGGCAGGGAGGGCGUCCAUGGCUGCAGCCAACAAGGGCAAUAAGCCCAGAGUCCGGAGUAUCCGCUUUGCGACAGGCCAUGAUGCAGAAGGCUCCCAGAGCCACGUCCACUUUGAUGAGAAGCUGCAUGACUCUGUGGUCAUGGUCACCCAAGAGAGCGACAGCAGCUUUCUGGUCAAGGUUGGCUUCCUGAAGAUCCUGCACAGGUAUGAGAUUACCUUCACUCUUCCCCCAGUGCGCAGGCUGAGCAAGGAGGUCCGAGAGGCACCUGUCCCCAGCCUGCACCUCAAGCUCCUCAGCGUCAUGCCCAUCCCAGAAGGUUACAGCAUCAAGUGUGAGUACUCAGCGCACAAGGAGGGCGUCCUCAAGGAGGAGAUGCUGCUAGCCUGCGAAGGUGGCACUGGCACCUGCGUGCGCGUGAUGGUGCAGGCGCGCGUCAUGGACCGACACCACGGCACACCCAUGCUGCUAGAUGGUGUCAAGUGCGUGGGUGCUGAGCUAGAAUACGACUCAGAGCACAGUGACUGGCACGGCUUCGACUGAGGCCCUCGCCCCCACCUGCCUCGGGGCCUCUCAGCCUUAAACCCACCUCGUCUCCCCAAAUGCUGCGUGAUGGUGUAGCUUCCUCACCCUUCCCAGGGAUGGGCAUGGAGGUGGAGGGUCCAAGGGCCUCCAAGCUGGAACCUCACCCACACCUCUCACCUCAUUUGUGCCACCUCCUUGCCUCUCCAGCAACCUCCUCUCCCACUUCCUCCUCUCUGUGUGCCUCAGUCUCCUGCUGGAAGAAAUGGGUUGAGCCCCCAAGGAGGCUCUCUGAGGAGAGAUGGAGAGGGCCUGGGAUGGGUUCUACCCACCCCCUUACCCCAAGCCAUAGGGGCUCUAGCCAGGGCCUAGGAGAGGAGAGAGCUGGCUCUGUGGUGUAGCUGCCCCCAUUACUGCUGCUGCUGUCUUGCUUUAGCCACCUCUCCUGUCCCCCUCCCUCUUUCCCACUGCCGUCCAUGGUGAGGAGGAAGGAGGUGCAGUUCCCAAUCCCUAGCCCCCAGGUCUGUGUUACUUGGUUUUUAAAUAACUGGUUGGGAUAAACCCUAAAGAAAUAAAACUUCCAGUGGAUACCA